UCAAUUUUCAAUUUUAAUUGUCCGAUAUUGCUGCCUUAGCAUUUCUGCUUACAUUUUCUACUAUUGUGUUGGUUAUUUGGUAACAAAAAUUGCAUUUGUGACGUCACAGAGUAUGUACAUAUAUACUUCCUAACGGUAAAGACUGGUAAAGGUUAUUCGUAUAUUUUAUUAUAAUUUUAAUGUUUAAAUGGUGCUGUGCAUUUCAUUCAUACAUAAAAUUUACAAAUUGUGUAGUAAAAUAUCUGAGUGCUUAGUAAUGAAACGUAAACUUUCUUCUUCGUUGACAUUGAAAGAAAGUCAACCUUCCUCGACAUCAUAUAUGAAAGAAACAAAGCAAGAACCAAAUAUUCGUUUAGCUGUCGUCAGUGGAUUCUUUGCAACUAUCGGAAGUCUACUUGGUAAACUUGCUGGUGGUGCCAAUGUGGAUUCCAUUUUCGGAUUGCUACUUAAAGGAGUACUUUUAAUACUAAUGAUAAUAAGCAACACCGUGGGCUACGCAUUUUUCGUGAAAGCACUCAAUGCUAGCGGAUCUUCUUUACCAUGUACAAUAACUAGCGCCGCCACCAGUUAUAUCUGCUCGGCUCUUACGGGUUCCUUGAUUUUUAACGAAUCAACGUCGCUUACUUGGUGGUGCGGUAUAUCUUUCGUUAUUCUGGGUUUAUUGGUCAUCUCUUGUACGCAAUCCAAAGACGAUCAUGUAUCUUCCCUGAAGAGAUCGAAGAGCGAAUAAUUUCCGAAAAUGAUUUGGAAAUCUUUUUCUGCUACUUUCUUAAUAUUAUACUGUGUCUACAUGUUAUUUACAUUGUAAUAAUAUUAUUAUCUAUUUUAGUAUGUAUAAAUUGAAUAAAUAAAUAAAAAAUUA